AAUGACGCGCUUUAUUGAGGCCGAUAAAACAAAACCCUUCUUAAAUGUUGUCUGUCUGUCAGAAGCGUGCGAGUUUUAUUACAGGGAAGUAUGGAGUAGUUUAAGAAUUAGUUACUUAACAAAUGUAAAUAAUUAUUAAAUAAAAAAAAUGAUUGAGCAGCCGUGCUACUCACGCUCGCUCAGGGUUUACAAAGCCUUGAGCAAUACAAAAAAAAAUUCACUCACCGAGGGCAAUGAUUUGGCAAAGAAAAGAUCCAACGAAGCAGCUUUCGCCGACAAACAAUCAGAAUGGAAGAAAAUUUGCCAGCGAUUGCCCCAGCAGGUGCAAUCACUUCUGUCCAAGAUUCAUCAAGUGGUCACCAAGUCAUGCAGUGAAUUAUGCUCAGGAGCGUCAGCAGCUGCUGAUCAGCUGUCAAUAAAAAUCCUGGAGAGUCUUAUCCACGAAAGAAUAGUCAUGACUGACAGGAACAUCAAGCGUGUCCAGGAGCUGCUCAGCGAAACAGAUAUCAAAGCUAUAAAAAGUAUCAUCGAGGCUGUCUCGAUAAUCCAGGCAGCGUUGAGCCAAGAGGACAUUGAUUUAAUCGACAAUUUAAAAAAUGAACUUUCUAAUGAUGUCAUGCCCAAAGAAUUCAACAUCUUCAACUCGGAACUCACCUACAAGUCCAGUUUAAAGCCAGAUAAUCUCAAACCGUUGCAUGACAUGACUCAGAUAAACUCAACCGAUGAAACGUAUGACCACAAUGACUUCACCAUGAUUUACACCAAGUGCGAGGAGCCGAGCAAGGAAGAGGAGUUUGAUAAAAAGAAAUUCUUGGCCACUUUGCGUCAGUGUCACACUGAAUAUUCCGGCGAUAUGUCUUUUGAAGAGUUUGGGCAACUUAUAAUGGACUAUCUAAAGAAAAACGAUAAUAAUCUCCAAGGCGAGUUGUUUGACGUGCUCGGGUGCGAGCAUAUUGACUUCAUAGGCUACAUAAUCAAGCACCGAGAAAAAAUACUGCCUUUAUUGAUGAGCCAGAAGGUCUCAAAGUCAAUUACGCGGACUCAGGAGCGACCUCAGUACGGCUGUCAGGUGAUAGUUCAGUCAGAAAAGGAGAAGCAGCUGCUCAAGCAGGUCCGCAAGGAGGAAAAAAAAUUGCUCAAGGCUUCUAACAAGUACGAAGAAGAAUCUGAUGAAGAAAUUGACACACUUGCUUUAAGAACAAAGCGACAGAUGGCUUUGCAAGCAAUGCAAGCUCCUGUAUUAUCAACCAGCAAGAGAGCUUUUUUUAGCUCCACUGUUAGAGAACAAUUUCCUUAUGUCUUUGACUGCCAGCUCAAGUCCAAGACCACCACCGGCUACGUGUCCGGCAGCAAGCUCAUCUUACCCGAAGAUGUCACCCGAAAGGACUCUAAUUUGUGCGAAGAAGUCGCGAUUCCCGUUUCAAAGUCUAAUUUAGAAGACUUGAAUUACUAUCCAGUAAAAAUAUCAACUCUAGAUGAGAUCGGGCAGAUGGCUUUUGAAGGUAUCACCACUUUAAAUCGCAUCCAGAGCAUCGUUUUUAAUGCAGCUUACAACAGCAAUGAAAAUUUGUUAAUCUGCGCGCCUACUGGCGCAGGAAAGACCAACGUCGCUCUGCUGACUGUGAUCCACCAAUUAAAAUUGCACAUUGACAACGGAGUCCUUAAAAGAAACGAGUUCAAAAUAAUCUACAUCGCACCUAUGAAAGCUCUGGCCGCUGAGAUGACCGCAAACUUCAAUAAAAGACUAGCUAGUCUCGGAGUUACUGUCAAAGAGUUGACUGGAGACAUGCAGCUGACCAAGAGCGAGAUCCAGCAGACCCAGAUGAUCGUGACGACUCCCGAAAAGUGGGACGUGGUCACUCGGAAAGGCACUGGGGACAUUGCUCUGACGAGCAUCGUCAAGCUGCUGAUCAUCGACGAGGUCCACCUGCUCCACGGAGACCGAGGUCCGGUGGUAGAAGCUCUAGUAGCUAGGACACUUAGACAAGUCGAGUCUUCCCAGAGUAUGAUAAGAAUUGUCGGUCUCUCCGCGACGCUGCCUAAUUAUGUGGACGUCGCGAGGUUCCUCAGAGUGAAUCCUUACAAAGGUUUAUUUUAUUUUGACCAUCGCUUCAGACCAGUUCCUUUGAGUCAGACUUUCAUUGGUGUUAAAGCCAGACAAGCUAUCCAGCAGAUCCACGACAUGGAUUUAGUUUGUUACAACCAAGUGGUUGAUAUGGUGAAGAAGGGACACCAAGUUAUGGUCUUUGUGCAUGCUCGCAAUGCGACUAUUCGCACAGCAAACAAGUUGAAAGAAUUAGCACAGACCAAUGACACUAUCAAUCUCUUCAGGCCGGAUCCAAGCAACGCUAAGUUGUCUCAACGCUCGUUUAAUAAUUCCAGGAAUAAAUAUUUAGGUGAGCUGUUUACUUAUGGGUUCUCUGUACAUCACGCGGGGAUGCUCAGGUCUGAUAGGAAUUUAGUAGAGAAGGCUUUUGGCCAGGGAGUGAUUAAAGUCCUAGUUUGCACCUCGACUCUAGCUUGGGGAGUCAAUUUACCAGCUCACGCUGUUAUUAUCCGAGGAACGGAGAUUUACGACUCAAAGCACGGGUCUUUUAUCGACCUGGGAAUCCUGGACGUGCUCCAGAUUUUCGGGCGAGCUGGACGCCCGCAAUUCGACACCUCCGGACACGCUGUUAUAAUUACAGCACAUAAUAAAUUGUCGCACUAUCUUUCCCUGCUGACUAAUCAGUUCCCGAUUGAGAGCAGCUUUGUUACUUACCUCGCGGACAAUUUGAACGCUGAGAUAGCUCUGGGGACUAUCUCCAAUGUUGAGGAAGCAGUAGAGUGGCUGAGCUACACGUAUUUGUACGUGAGAAUGCGGCUUAAUCCGAUGGCUUACGGGAUGCUUUAUCAGCAGGUUGUUGAAGAUCCCAAUUUAGAUAAUAAGAGGAAGGAGCUGAUUGAUACUGCUGCCAAAGCGCUGGACAAGGCCAGGAUGAUCAGGUACAAUGUAAGGACUGGAGAUUUAAAUUCUACCGACCUGGGUCGUACUGCUAGUCAUUUUUAUCUGAAGUAUGACACCGUUGAGAUUUUUAAUGAGUUGUACAAGCCUAUUAUGACCGAGGCUGAUAUUCUGGGCAUGCUUUCAAGGGCUCAGGAGUUUGAACAGUUGAAGGUCAGAGAUGAUGAAAUGGACGAGCUGGAUGACUUGACUAAGGAUUACUGUGAAUUAGUAGCUCACGGCGGGACUGAGAAUGUCCAUGGGAAAGUUAAUAUUCUCGUUCAGACUUAUUUAUCUCGCGGGAAGUUGUCUUCUUUUUCUCUGAUUUCGGAUCAGGCUUACAUUAUUCAGAAUGCUAUUCGCAUUAGUCGGGCUUUGUUUGAAGUAAUGCUGAGGCAAAACAACGCCAUAAUGGCUGGAAGAUUGCUAAAUUUAGCUAAGAUGCUCGAAGCUCAGCAGUGGGACCACAUAACGCCCUUGAAGCAGUUCUUCUGUCUAGGCUACGAGAUCAUUGAAAAGAUAAAUAAUCGCGGUCUGACGAUUGAUAAGUUAAAAGAGAUGCCUGUUCGUGAGAUCGGAGACUUGCUGAGGAACCAAAAGUCCGCGGACUUGGUUAAAAAGUGCUGCAGCGAGUUCCCUAGUUUAAGUAUGUACGCAAAUAUCCAGCCAAUUACAAGGACUGUGCUGAGAAUUAGGCUAAGAAUAGUCCCCGAGUUUAGGUGGAACGACCACGUUCAUGGAAAAAGCUCUGAAGCUUUCUGGAUUUGGAUUGAAGACACAGACAGUAAUUUUAUUUACCACCACGAGUAUUUUCUUAUGACCAAAAAAAUGGUCUACAGCGGAGAUGAGCAGGAAUUGGUGAUGACUAUUCCGCUGCAAGAGCCGCAUCCAGCUCAGUAUUUAAUAAAGGCGACCAGCGACCGCUGGAUCGGCUGUGAGUAUGUUUUAUCUCUUGGUCUACAUAAUCUGGUCCUUCCGGAGAUUUAUCCUCCUCACACAGACCUGCUGGAGCUCCAACCGCUCCCGGUGACUGUCCUCAAAGACGAGCUGUUCCAGAGUCUGUAUAAAUUCACGCACUUUAAUCCGAUCCAAACCCAAAUUUUUCACUGUCUUUAUCAUACUGAUAACAAUGUCCUUCUUGGAGCUCCCACGGGGUCUGGUAAGACUAUCGCAGCUGAGAUUGCGAUGUUCAGAGUCUUUAAAAAGUAUCCCAAGCAGAAAGUUGUCUAUAUUGCACCGCUUAAAGCUCUGGUCAGAGAAAGAAUGCGAGAUUGGAAGGUCAGGCUGGAGCAGAAAUUAGGAAAGAAAGUUUGUGAGCUGACUGGAGAUGUCUCUCCGGAUAUUCGGCAGAUUGCGCAGGCUGAUGUCAUUGUUACUACUCCGGAAAAGUGGGACGGAAUCAGUCGUAGCUGGCAGACGAGGAACUAUGUUAAGGAGGUGGUGUUGAUAAUUAUUGAUGAGAUUCACCUGCUGGGAGAAGACAGAGGUCCUGUACUGGAGGUCAUUGUUUCUAGGACGAAUUUCAUCGCCUCUCAUACAAACAGAACUUUGAGGAUCAUUGGAUUGUCCACGGCGCUGGCUAAUGCAGUGGAUCUCGCCAACUGGCUGGGGAUAAAAAAAAUGGGGCUGUAUAAUUUCCGUCCUUCUGUAAGACCAGUGCCUCUGGAGGUUCACAUCAGCGGAUUCCCGGGUAAACACUACUGUCCGAGAAUGGCUACGAUGAACCGUCCGACAUUCCAGGCUAUUAGACAACAUGCUCCUUCUAGCCCGUCGUUGGUGUUUGUUUCUUCACGGAGGCAAACAAGACUCACUGCGUUAGAUUUGAUUGCUUAUUUGGCCGCUGAGGAUAAUCCUAAGCAGUGGUUGCACAUGCCGGAGGAACAAAUGGAAAAUAUUCUGGCGAAUAUCAAGGAUGUUAAUUUGAAAUUGACUCUUGCUUUUGGCAUUGGGCUUCAUCAUGCUGGGCUUCAGGAUAAAGAUCGGGAGACUGUUGAAGAAUUGUUUGUUAAUAAUAAAAUACAGGUACUAAUAACCACAGCGACCCUCGCCUGGGGUGUAAAUUUCCCCGCUCACCUUGUAGUAAUAAAAGGAACAGAAUACUACGAUGGCAAAGUAAAGCGCUACGUGGACAUGCCGAUAACCGACGUCCUCCAAAUGAUGGGCCGAGCUGGUCGUCCACAAUUUGACGACUCCGGAGUAGCUGUGGUCCUAGUCCACGACAUCAAAAAGAAUUUCUACAAGAAAUUCCUAUACGAGCCAUUCCCAGUGGAGUCAAACCUUCUGGAAGUACUUCCGGACCACAUAAAUGCAGAGAUCGUAGCCGGGACAAUAGGAACCAAGCAGCAGUUCCUCGACUACCUCACCUGGACUUACUUCUUCCGUCGGUUGAUGAAAAACCCCCGCUAUUACAAUCUAGAGAGCUUAGAUACCUCAGAUGUGAAUACUUUUUUAUCAACCUUGGUCGACUGUACGUUAAAAGUGUUGAUAAAUUGUCAGUGCGUGGCUUUUGACGAAGAACUUCAGUCAGUCUACGCUCUGGCUCAGGGAAAAAUCGCUUCGUUUUAUUAUUUGUCGCACCAGACAGUAGGAAUGUUCAACACAGCGCUGAAAGACAAUCUUAGUCUCGUAGAGUGUCUCAAAAUAUUAUGCGACGCUCACGAGUACUCAGAGUUGCCAGUAAGACACAACGAGGACUUGUUAAACGAAGAAUUGUCCAAGUCUUGUCGCUACCCGGGUGAAAAGCUGACCUUUGAUUCUCCGAACACAAAAGCGUUCCUUCUUUUCCAGGCUCAUUUUUCCAGACUUCCUUUGCCGUCGACUGACUACACGACUGACUUGAAGUCUAUAUUAGACCAAGCGAUAAGAAUCCUCCAGGCUAUGAUCGACAUUGUAGCAGAAAACGGCUGGCUAGUGAGCACACUGCGGUUAAUUCAAUUAAUGCAGAUGAUCAUCAGAGCUCGCUGGAUCGACGAGUCAGCUCUCACGACUCUCCCGCACAUUCACAGAGAAGAUUUGUCUCUCUUCGACAGAUUGCCUAAGUCUCUACCCGAGUUCUGUGCCUACGCUCACAAUUACUCGCGACUCUCUAGAAUAUUUAGCAAGAAAUUUUCAGACUCUGAAAUUCGCGAUAUUCAUCAAGUUGCGAAAACUCUUCCUGUUAUUUAUGUACAACUUAGGAUUCAAUUAACCGAUGAGACUGAUGGAAUCAAAGUUAUUGACAAAAGGAUCAAUAAUAAUGACUGUAUUAAUAUUCAAGUGAACCAUGUUUACACGCUUUUAAUUGAAAUGAAGAGAAGAAAUAGUCCGGGGAAUAUCAAAUCUUUUAAUACGACUUUCCACAAGAGUAAAGAUGAAGGGUGGUUUGCUGUACUGGGAGAUGCGGAGAAUAAUGAACUGUGGGCUCUGAAAAGGAUACCUGUGAUUCAGACUUAUGCUAAGACACAUCAGUUACAAUUUACUGCUCCAGAAUUUCCAGGACAAACAAGAGUCUUUUUUUACUUGAUGUCUGAUUGUUACCUGGGGCUAGAUCAGCAAUACGAGAUUCGGAUUAACAUUGAAUAAAGUUAAAAACUUUAUAACGCACGUGGUAAAUUAUAAAUUUAAAAAUGUUAUUUAAUUUUGUAAUUUUGUUAUACCGUAUUUAUAAUAAAUGCGAAUAUAACUUAAAAA